AUUCAUGUCUUAAGAAGAGGUUGUUGCUUGUGAUUAAUGUAAAUAAGUGCCAGACAAUUAUUUAAGUCUAAAUUGUGGUCACUGUUUCUGCUUAAUUUGUAUGGCUCAAAGCUUUUUGAAAGUAUUUUAAUUUAAAAUAAAAGGGUGGAAGAAUCUUUAAAUUAGAGGGAACAGAUAACAUUCAUUAUAUAUGUACUGUAUGUGAAAAAGACACUCCUUUAGAUGAAGGAUCAGUAUCAGUAGUUGAGAGUAUCUGUCAUCAAUUGAUUCAAACUAGUCUAGAAAAGGUUAGAGAAGAUUAAAAUAAUAAUAAUAAAGAAGAUAAACCUCUUGAAUAGAGUCAAAUAAUUGCAUAGCCUAAAUGUGAAAUUCAUACUAAGGAAGAUGCAACAUUAUUUUGUUUCACUUGUGAAAAUAAAUGCUUUUGCAUAAAAUGUCUUUUGAGACAUGAUAAUAAAACUCAUGAAAUUUAGAAUGUUAAUAGCUGUUUAAAAAGAUUGAAGAGUAAAAUGAAUGAUGCUACUCAUACAAUAGGUGCAUCUUUAGAAUUGAUGUAAUUGCAAUUAAAAAGAGUCUAAGAUUAAGAUUCAACUUUAUAAGAGGAAAUGGAUUAUCUUAUGCAAAGAGUAUAAGAAUAGUUUCAUUCCUUAUAUUAAGUGAUUCAAAAUAAAGAAAAAGAAAUUCUAACUUAAUUAGAAAAUCUUAAAGAAAUUCAAGAAUAAUAAACUGAAAAAAUGCUCAAUGAUAUUCAGAUGAAAAUUAACAGUCUUACUUAAUUGAGAAGUGAUUUUGAAAAUAUUGGUUUAAGUGAAUCAUUAUAACCAUCAGUUAGUAUUCUUAACUAUUAUUCUGGAUGCAAACAAAUAAUGUAAAAAGUUAUUGGAUAAAUGAGUUUUAGUGACAUUUUUAGCACUGUUAAAUAUUUUCCAGAUAAUGGUAAUUCAUUAUUUUUUAUUAAGAUUAAUUCUUUAGAUACGACGAAUUUGAAUUGAAGAUACAGAAUUUGAAGGCUCAAAUUGAUAGAUUCUUUACUCAAUAAAGAUCAGUAUCUCAACAUGAAAAGUAGAGCAGAAUUACUCAAAAAUCGGCCAUCAUUGAUUAAUUGUAUCUUAGUUAGAGAUGUCAUACCUAAAUGGAUGAAAGCACUGAUAGUUUUAAAUCUCAUUAAGUGUCCACCUAUUCGAAAAUCAAUACUCCUAUCAAUAAUUAAAGGAAUUUAUAGGCUAAGGUAGAGGAAAUAAAAUAAUUAUACUCAGAUAGAGUGAAGACUUAAUAAAAGUUACAGAAACAGUAGGAAAACAGUUUAAACAAUAUCCAAAGAUCGUUUUCUGAAUUAGCUAGUUUCAAAAAAUAGACAGCUUUAAGUGCCUUAAGACUAUAAUAAGGAUUGUUCGAUUCAAGAGUAACAAAAAAAUAAUAAUAAUCUUAGUAAUAAUAGAUUCAAGAAUCACAACAAGUUUAAAAAUGA